UCUAGGUUCUUAUUGGUAUUUGUUGAGUCCUCUCUUUCCCUAUAAAUGGAGAAGCUCUCAUCACAAACUUAAGUUGUGAGUUGAAGUUUACAAGAGCAAAGCUUCCUAGCUUUCUACUUUAGUAUUUCUAGUUCUUUUCUUUGCUGGAACUUAAGAAAAUGGAGGGGAAGAUGAGUUGGACAGUUGCAGAUGCUGUGGACUAUAAAGGCUUCCCUGCUGACAGGUCCAAAACUGGUGGUUGGGUACCCGCUGCUUUUAUUUUAGGGAUUGAAAUCAUUGAGAGGCUCUCCACCAUAGGGAUUGCAGUCAACCUGGUGACAUACCUGAUGGGAAUCAUGCAUUUGCCAAGCUCAACUUCAGCCAAUAUAGUGACUGACUUCAUGGGAACAUCAUUUCUCCUGUGUUUGCUUGGAGGUUUUCUAGCUGAUUCCUUCCUUGGCAGAUAUAAGACAAUUGGAAUCUUUGCAGCAAUACAAACACUGGGUACUGCUACAUUAGCAAUCUCAACAAAAUUACCACAGCUACGUCCACCACCUUGCCAUGCUACCCCUAGCAGUUGCAAACAAGCCACCGGAUUCCAAAUGGGAAUCUUAUACUUGGCUCUAUACCUUAUUGCACUAGGAACCGGUGGCCUAAAGUCUAGUAUUUCAGGAUUUGGUACUGACCAAUUUGAUGAGAAAGAUGAGAAGGAGAAAUCCCAGAUGGCCUUCUUCUUCAACAGGUUUUUCUUCUUCAUUAGUUUUGGAACUCUGGCAGCCGUCACAGUACUUGUUUAUAUACAAGAUAAAGUGAGUCGAAGUUGGGCGUAUGGAAUAUGUUCUGUUUCCAUGGUCAUAGCCAUUUUGAUCUUCAUAUCAGGAACUAAAAGAUACAGGUUCAAGAAAAGUUUGGGAAGCCCCAUUGUCCACAUUUUCCAAGUUAUUGUUGCAGCAAUAAGGAAAAGGAAGAUGGAACUCCCACACAAUGUUGGCUCUUUGUAUGAGGACACUCCAGAGUCUUCAAGAAUAGAGCACACUGAUCAGUUCCGUUUCUUGGAUAAAGCUGCCAUUGUGGCAGAAGGUGAUUUUGAAAAGAAUUUAUCUGGUUAUACUCCAUCCCCAUGGAAACUAUGCUCACUGACAAGGAUAGAGGAGGUGAAAAUGAUGUUGAGACUUCUGCCAGUAUGGGCCACAACAAUCAUAUUUUGGACCACAUACGCACAGAUGAUCACAUUUUCAGUGGAGCAAGCCUCCACCAUGCAAAGGAAUAUUGGUAGUUUCCAAAUCCCAGCUGGCUCUCUCACAGUCUUCUUUGUAGCAGCAAUCUUAAUCACUCUGGCUGUGAAUGACCGACUCAUCAUGCCCCUUUGGAAGAAGUGGAACGGCAAACAAGGUUUUACCAACCUACAAAGGAUUGCAAUUGGUCUUAUAUUGUCCACUUUUGGAAUGGUGGCUGCUUUUCUAUGUGAGAGGAAAAGGUUGUCAGUGGCAAAAGGUGUGAGCGGCAACCAAGCAACACUGCCUAUAAGUGUUUUCAUUCUAAUCCCACAGUUCUUCUUGGUGGGUUCUGGUGAAGCAUUCAUAUACACUGGCCAACUUGAUUUCUUCAUAACACAAUCCCCAAAAGGAAUGAAAACCAUGAGCACUGGUCUCUUUCUCACAACAUUAUCUCUUGGUUUCUUUGUUAGCAGCUUCCUUGUCUCGGUUGUGAAGAAAUUAACUGAGACAAAAGAUAGGCAGGGAUGGCUAGCUGAUAAUAUUAACAAAGGGAGGCUUGAUUUGUUCUAUGCACUGCUUACUAUACUUAGUUUCAUUAAUUUUGUAGCAUUUGUGGUAUGUGCAAUCUGGUACAAGCCUAAGAAACCUAAGCCAUCUCUGCAAAUGGAGCAAGUUAAUGGGUCCUUGCCUGAAGAGAGGUGCUGAAAACUUUUUAGUUUUUGUUGAUUUGUUCAUAGGCAGUUAUUAUGUGUGGAAACGAAGAAUGGGUUGAGCUUUGGUUGAUAUUAUAGAAAUAAUAUUCAGGUUGACUUCUAUGUGUAAAAGUGUAACAUAUU